UCAUCAUAACAUGAUUAGGACAAUGAUAGAGUGAUCCUAAGGGUUGGUAACCCUUUCAAUAUUGAAUUUUGAUUGGUUACAAAUGCAUUGAAACUUUACAUACAACACUUUCUCACUCCAAUUAAUUAUGCUUAUAUAUUAUUUUAUGUUAUAUGUAUGUUAGGGGUUGCCAACCCUUAGGAUCAACCAAACAUUUUCCACAUGAUUAGGGUGUGUUAUGUUAACAUAAUCUUCAUAAAUUUGAACUUUUUUUUAGUUAUACAUAACCUAUUUGGAUAACCAAUUUUGUUUCCUAAACUUUAUUACCUGGACUAAAUUUUAUUUAUCUAAACAUGUCCCUCCCUCCCAAAUAACAGAAAAUAAGGUGAACAAAACAGAACCUAACACUUUAAAUACAAUGAAUCUAUGAUAUUUGCGUUGUAAUUAGUUAAAACAUAACUGAAAAAUAGAGUAUUACCUUUCACACGGAUAAGAAAAUAAUGUACAAUUUUGCUCUCCAGUUAUUAUUAUCAACCAUCCAUUUUAGAAAUGGACUAUCCAUUUUCUUAGAGGCGUUUCCGUCCUUUAAACAACAAGCACCCCAUAUUCCGUAAUCAAAUAAAACAAAGGUGGAGUAUAGUAUAUCAUUACAACACAGCAUGUGGGCAUCUAAUGCGGAUGGAAUUGACAAACCAAACCAUUCACAAAUCACAAUGAUUUUUUUAAAAAAGAAUGAGGUUGACAAAAUUAUGAAUUUUUUAAUUAAUCAUGAAGUUGACAGAAUGCAUAUGUGUUACACUAUGUUAGAUAUCAUCGACCUACUUAUUAUAAACAAAAAAACAAACACGACGUGCCACAACUUUUUUUUUUCUAUCUUUGUCCAACCAUAUAAAUCGCAAAUCAAACCCAAAAAUUCAGGAGAAAAUAUCAAAAAUCUUGCAAGAAAAAUCCCAGAAAAAGAAUGGAAGAAGAAAAUUUAUUACCCAGAAACCAAACAAAGUCAUAUAAUCGUGUUCUUUCGAAUGCAAAAGAUGAAUUGCAAAGUUAUCGUAUUUAUUUACGUUGGAUGUGCGUGGACCAAUCAGAUUGGUUUAGUACGUUCAUUUCAUGGUCUGUAUUUCUGUUAUUUACAUUCAUAGUCCCUGCAUUUUCGUAUUUUUACCUCACAUGCCCUUCCUGUGAUGCCAAACAUCAACAACCAUACGACGCCGUUGUGCAGCUGUCUCUCUCUAGCAUUGCAACGCUGUCGUUUCUUUGCCUUUCCCAUUUUGUGAGGAAAUUUGGUGUUCGGAGGUUCUUGUUCUUUGAUAAGCUUGUUAAUGAGAGUGAUUCUGUUAGACAUCAUUAUACUACCCAGCUCACUAGAUCACUGAACAUAUUGUGUAUAUUUACCCUACCAUGUUUUGUAGCUGAAUGCACCUAUAAAGUCUGGUGGUACGCCUCUGGUGCCUCUAAAAUCCCCUUCUUGGGUAAUGCCGUUUUGAGUGACAUUGUAGCGUGCUCAUUGGAGCUAAUCUCAUGGAUUUAUCGUACCUUAGUCUUUUUCCUGGUCUGCAUCCUCUUCCGUUUGAUAUGCUACCUCCAAAUAUUACGGCUUAAGGACUUUGCCACUGUUUUCGAGGUAGAUUCAGAUGUGACUUCCAUUUUGGUGGAACACCUUAGGAUCAGAAGGCACUUGAGGAUCAUAAGCCAUCGUUAUCGUGCAUUUAUCUUGUGUUCAUUGAUAUUGAUCACUUUAACCCAACUUACUUUCCUGCUGUUGACUACAAAACCCAAUGCUGAAGUGAGUAUAUUCAGGACUGGCGAACUUGCACUCUGUUCUAUGACUCUACUGGCAGGGCUAAUGAUAAUACUGAGAAGCGCUACAAAGAUCACACAUAAGGCACAGGCAAUCACUGCUCUCUCUGCUAAGUGGCAUGUUUGUGCAACAAUCGAUUCCUUUGUCACAUCUGAGACUGAAUUACCAGGAACCCACAAUAUUAGUCAUGCAGGGGGCUUUGAUCCUAACUUAAAUUCAGAUUCAGAUGAUGCUGGAUCUGAGGAAGACGAUGUCGACAGUACCAAGUUUCUCCCAGCUUACGCCUACAGUACAAUAUCCUUCCAGAAACGACAUGCUCUCGUGACAUAUUUUGAGAGAAACAGAGCUGGAAUUACAUUAUACGGAUUUAUGUUGGAUAGAACUUGGCUCCAACUUAUUUUUGGUGUUGAAUUAUCCUUAGUACUCUUCUUGCUCAAACAAACCAUCCAUGUUAUAUGAAGUAAUAAUCAUCAUCAUAAUUGGAGAUUUGGCGCCUAAGAUUAAAUCUUACCUCUCCUUGAUUUUCUGUUAAGUUCUCUUUUUUCUGUCAUUUGGAGUGAAUGAAGGGUUGCAGUCUUCCAGGACUAAAGAGACAGAAAGUGAAAGGAACUGGUUUUUGCAUUCUUGGUUUGGUUUUCCGGCAAAGACGCACCACUGUUGUAUAGUGAGCUGCACCAUAAUAUCUUGUUCAAAUGUUCUAACACUGUUGAUUCUAUAACCCUUUUUCUUGGUUUAUUUCUUUUACCUAACAUCAUCAUCUGUGAUAUUUUUCUGCUGUUGUAUAUCAGCCUGUAACGAGUGCGAUUGUAUGUACUACUUAUAUGCAUAUAAUAUGAUGUAUUCUUAUGAUCGAAUGAAAUGGAGCAUUUUUUUUUUCUUUCCUUA